UGCGGAAUGACAAAUGACAAUUUUUCCGAUUUUCGCGCACGAUAAAUUAUGGUGACCGAACACAGGAUCAGGAUGCAGGACCUGAGUUGACUAAUUAAGGUCAGGGCGCAACUGAAUCAUUCUGUCGAUCGAAGAGCACCAGCGGCCAGGAUCAGACAAUUCCCCAUUUCCGUACUACCCAGCGUUCAAUCGCAGCAAUGAAUGUCGAAUAUCCUGCAGUGUCGAGCUGUAUGGCCGCUGGUUUCUGAUGCCAGCUAGUAUAUUACGUGACAAUCAAAUUCUUGUUUUCAUUCACUUCUGCCUUUUUAUCUUGCUUGUGUCUGCGUUGAACGUAGAAGAGAUCAGAAGCGCGGCAGGGGUAGUGAAUAGACUCCACAGCAGUACAAGGUACAAACCUCCAACGAACCACGGCAGGCUUGAAGCAUUGAGCAACAAGUGCUCCUCCACCGGCUCUCUGUGUCGUCGUGUACUUUAAUAGGGGACCAUAACCUCCUCUCAGUCUAACGACAGUCUGUCCAGGACCAGGUGUUUGUCCACCCUCAAAGACAAAGGAGAAACUGUACUCGGAAAAGGAGGGCAGCAACCCAGAUUUAUUCGACCGCUGAGCAGUCGGAAAGCGUUUUGUGACAUCAUUGUAACGAUGGGAUCCUCCCUUGGGCUCAGUGAGCCUUGCCGGCCUAUAUCGGGACCUUCUAUUGCUUCUUGUGUCGACUACGAGAAUGAUGCCGAGAUGGCAAAGGGCGAAAAAGCGCUAGCGAAUGUGGAUGACAACAUGGAAUCGAAUACCGAAUUAACCCCCAAAGCUCUCCAAAGUAUCCAGCUUUUACCAUCUCAUAACCUUUCCUCCCCCCGUCCUAGUGUUGCAAGCGAUAGCAAUGGGACACUGUAUUCCCCUAAAAGUGAAUUUUCCUUAUUCGAUCCUACACAAUUCCCUCAACCGCCUAGGGCAGCAUCUCCGUCAUCCACACAUCAAUCCCCUGCUCUAGCGAGAUCACGAUCAGAGCAUCGCAGCAGGGUGUCUCUUGAUGCGACCCCUUUAAAGCCUGCUGCAGAGCUUCAUAGACCUUCCUCACCUAAGCUGGCGGAGGAAGACGAUGAAGCAGAACGAGUCAGUGUUUUGACCUCGAGUCCCAGUACUAUAGCUACCUUCCACGUCGCUCGAGCUGUAAGAGCGCCUGCGACCCCCUAUGGCGAUACGUUUUUACUCCAAACCUCCCAUGGAAAGCAGGAAGUCCUCAGUCGUCAUGAUAUCUCGGAGAAUGUCAAAUACGAUAAUCCGCUUGCUGAAGAAGUGUUGCGGUCCACCCCGGGGGUCGCUGGUCUUGGUGAAGGAUGGAUUGGUGGACCGCGGCCAAAAAGAAGAAAGAGCUGGCUGAACACGAGGAAAACGAUGGAUAACCCCGAUCCGCUGAAUUUGUGGCAUAGCGGGUUAGGUGAUCGCGACGAUCCUACGGGAAGAACAGCAACAACAUCAAUUCUAAAGCAAGUAUGGAAUCGCUCCGUUCGUAGCCUGGCUGGAGACGGCGCAUCAGUCUCCCUCGACAAACAGUCUGGCAAGCCUGAUGUGAAAACAGCGUCCGGCGCUGAGAUGUCCACUUCCAGUUUAGCUGAUCUUCCUGUCCUCCCGAUAGUGGGCCCAAAACCGCCGGCUAUUAAUCUUGUCGGAUUUUCUAUCCCAACAACAUCCAGCCAUUCCAUUCAUUCAUUGCAAUCGGAGGUCCAUCUGGUAUCAAAAGCUUCUUUUCCUCACUCCUUACAAAGCGGCCAACCUUGGUCCUCUCUUCCAUCUCUCCCGACUUCAUCCAUUCGCCCCGCUCGAUCUUUUAGCGCUCAAGUCUAUAAGUCGACUCAGGCUGGCAUCCCUUCCUUUGCAAGAUCGGAGAGCGAUCUCCAUCUAUCUUUACGGCAGCGCCAAGGGCCCCGCCCUCCUUGGAGACCACAAUCUAUAGUUUCUGCUGGCCAGCGACAUUCACCUACAAUUUUAGAAAUCGGCGAGAGCAGGUCCUCUAUCCCACCUUUAGUACAAGGGUCAAGAUCUCCAUCUUUCAUUUCUAUACCAUCGCCUAAUGCUCUACAAUCCCUGAAACACUCGUCAUCCACGGAUGACUGCCGGGCGGUAUCUCCGCUACUUAAGACGCCUUUAAUCAGGAUCGAAACAUUUGGACAGGAAGUUGCGGCACGAGACAAAAGAAAAGAAGAGAAUACAGCAAAGGGGCUUCCUGAUAAGGAUGAGAGCUGGCUUGGACGCAUAGAAGAGUCGUCGGAGAAGGAACAUCCUCAGAGUGAAAAAGAGAGUAAAGGAUCGCGGCAUAAGAAAUCUUUUCUCUCCAAAGUGAAGGCUUUGAUAUGCCGCCCUCGAGAAAUUUCAGCAGAGGACCAAGGGUCAACAACACCUUUCCGAAAUCAGCGUCUCGGCCGGAAGCUUUCGAUGAAGCGCUCGUCUCCUUUCCGACUUUCCUCCAAAUCACAGGUUAGACUCGUUUCGCCAUCUGUCCCUGCCUUCCAUCCAGUAGACAAUUUCGCAGGAGAGAGGAACGACCCGACUGUCGCAGCUAGAGCGCAGACUCCGACAGCCAAACGACUCUCAUUGUUUACGGAACGCUUGUCAGCUGCCGAAGACUCUCAAGCGCUCGCCAAUUCGCUUCAGACUGGUGUCCGAAAGGCUUCAGACAGUUCCAAACGACUCUUUCGGCGCUCCACACUACUGCGCAAGAACCGUCCCAGAUCCCCUUCAAAUCCCACUACAUCAUCGCUAGGGCGGUAUUCAUCUGCUGAUUUGAGCCUGGAUGUUCACUUGGAGGGAGAGAAGUUGGGUCUAGACGAUAUAUUGGACAAGGAGAAACGUGAGACUAUAGUUCACCAACUGUAUCCCCGACUGGCCAUGUCUGUCGAUGACUUGACGCUCUUGUCGAAACUGCCUAGAUCAUCGUCGGAACCUAUGAGUUUAGGGACUGGUGGAUGGAAAUCAAGCCAUCAGAAGAGUGCUUCCGAGUCCACACCUCAACUAAAGUCUGUCUCUUUUGAUAGACCUCUUGCCUCUUUAAAGCCGCCUCCCACUAUCUUGGAGCAUCCCUCCCCUUUCACAGAGAGCCAUAAUCCAAUGUCUUCACACUCAAUUAUAUCUACUCCUGGGUUUCAAGAGUCGAAGAAGCUUACUUGGAGCUCGGCCCAGGGCCUUACCAUCGUGAAGGAGUAUUCAGAUCUUGGUGAGGUGGUCAAUGUAGUGGAAGCAUGAGACGAAAUCCAAAUAUUCUGCGAGCCACUCCUAAACAUACAGUCUAGUAGUGUUCGCUUUUAAAAUCGCCGAGGCUGCGAUAUUCAGUGAGAGAUGAAGAUUGGUGUAGUAGAUCAUAUCGAGGCAAAGAACCUUAAGCUUUUAUCGAC